AUGGUUGUGGCUCCAUUGUUACGCCUCCCCCAGCCGGGCCUGCAGUGUAUGGGCUCGACGCUCUAUAAAAGCCAGGCCAGCCCCGUGAAGAGCCGCAUCUAUUCACAAAUCUCUCGUCUCGCAAGUCAAACAGCUCCAUGCUUCUCAACUUCAGUCUCCAGAUGGCAGACGGAGACUUUGGACCGUACACGAAACAUCGGAAUCAUCGCUCAUAUCGAUGCUGGAAAGACCACCACGACGGAGCGCAUGCUCUUCUAUAGUGGCUUCACACGGCGCAUUGGUGACGUGGAUGAGGGUUCCACGGUGACUGAUUUCUUGCCCGCAGAACGUGCGCGUGGUAUCACUAUCCAGUCGGCUGCUAUCACUUUCCAUUGGCCUCCUGGGGAUGGAGCAGAAAGCCAGCCCCUUGAACGGGAUCCCUCUGCGCCCAAAUCAUCGUUGUCGCAUACGAUCAAUUUGAUUGACACGCCAGGCCAUGCCGACUUCACAUUCGAGGUCUUGCGGUCUUUGCGUAUUCUUGACGGUGCUGUGUGCAUCUUGGACGGUGUAGCUGGUGUCGAGGCGCAGACGGAGCAGGUCUGGCACCAAGCCAGUACCUAUAAAAUUCCGCGCGUGAUUUAUGUGAACAAGCUAGACCGUGAGGGUGCCGCCUUUGGCCGAACAGUCCGAGAGGUUAGCUCCCGUCUAGCUGUGUAUCCAGCAGUGUGCCAGAUCCCGUGGUUUGAAGGCGGCAAUGGUGCUUUCGUCGGUGUGGCGGAUGCUAUCAAUCUCCAGGGACUACGAUGGAAGGAGGGCGAAGACGGCCGCACCGUGAAAAUGAUGAGUCUCGAGCAACUGGGCGCUGAAGAGAGUGCAUUGGCACAGGAACUCCGCCGUGCGCGUAUCGCAUUGGUUGAGUUGCUGAGUGAGCACGACGAAGCCAUUGUGGAGAAAUUCUUCGAAUGUGAUGAAGAUCAUCUGGCUGUGCCUGCUAUGGACAUUAUUGACAGUCUUCGGCGAUGCGUUCUUGAUCAAUCAAGUCGGAUUGUUCCCGUCUUCGCAGGUGCCAGCUUCCGCAACAUGGGCGUUCAGCCAUUAAUGGAUGCUGUGGUAAACUUACUUCCCAGUCCACCCGAGGCUCCCGAUCCUGAAGUGAGCAUUGGGGGUGUCAAGGGAGGACUCAGACGGCUACUCUCCGGAGACCUGAUCCUAGAGCAAAACGAGAAAGCGUCUGCUCCAGCGAAGGGCAAGAAAAAGAAGAAGGUUGCGCUCCAGGUGAACCCCAAAGACGCCAUUGCUAAACUCCAAAGCUGUGCGCUUGCCUUCAAGGUGGUUAAUGAUCCCAAGCGUGGUGUUUUGGUCUAUGUUCGGGUAUACUCUGGCUCCCUGGAUCGCAACAGUCUCCUCUUCAAUACCAAUCUGCAUCUCUCAGAGCGAGCACCCCGGUUGCUGAAGAUGUACGCGAACGACGCCGUUGAAGUAGACUCUAUUCCUGCUGGUCACAUUGGUGUUGUCGUUGGGCUCAAGCAUGCUCGCACUGGAGACACGCUUCUAUCUUAUGCUGGGAACAAGCCCACGCCGCCAGAGCCGUUGACCAGUCUUCAACUCCGCCCAAUCAAUGUGCCUCCACCAGUAUUCUUCACCAGUGUCGAACCACACAGCCUUAGCGAGGAGAAGCGUAUGCAUGAAUCACUCGGGCUACUCCUACGAGAAGAUCCCAGUCUACACGUCAGCAUGGAUGAAGAAUCCGGGCAAACACUUCUAAGUGGCAUGGGCGAACUACAUCUCGAGAUCGCCCGUGAUCGACUUAUCAACGAUCACAAAGCCAAGGCAUCCAUGGGCCGCAUCGAGAUUGGCUAUCGUGAAUCUGCCCUUGGUGCCUCAAAUUCCAUCACAAAGAUCUUCGACAAAGAAGUCGCCGGCCGCCGUGGGAAAGCAGGCUGCACCGCAAUCGUGGAGCCCAUCGAUGAACAAGACGUCACUGAAGUCGCAGACGAGGACACCCUUCUCGCCGAGACAAUCGAGGGCAACCAAAUCAUCAUCCGUGCCCCCGGUCUACAAGUCGACCGCUCUUCCAAGAAUGACGAUGAAACAAGCCCCCUUCUACCACCAGGUCUGGACCCAUCCGCUCUCCGCGCCGCUCUCCAAAACGGCGCCCUGGCUGCGCUCGCCCGUGGCCCUCAAUUCACAUUCCCAAUGCACAAUAUCCGGGUUACGCUCACCCUCAACCCGGAAGAACACCUCUUCGGCAACGACACAACCACCUCCGCCCUCUCAUCCGCCGCACGUCAAGCUACAUCCGCCGCGUUACGAGACAUUCUCGCCGGGCCCGGAACGGUAAUGAUGGAACCAGUCAUGAACGCGAUUAUCAGCGUCGACGAAGCCAGUCUCGGCUCCGUCGUGCACGACAUCUCCUCUUCACGAGGCGGCCACAUCCUCUCCCUAGACGAGGAGGUGCCCUUAUCCGCAACCGACGCGUCUGGAUCACCUGCAGAGGAUAACCUCCCUCCCAUUGACCCCAAGCGCGUAUACGCGCCGCCAGAUCCCUUCGAGACACCUUCCAUCGGUGCGGAUAUACCGGUGUCCGCGUCUCGUCCCCGGACUAUCACUGCCAAGGUACCGCUCAAAGAAAUGGUUGGGUAUCUCAAGCAUCUGCGGAGUUUGACCGCUGGCCGUGGCACGUUUGUUAUGAGCGUGGAUCGGUUUGAGAAUAUGUCUGCACAGCGACAGAAGGCUGUGCUUGCGGAGUUGAGGGGUGGAUUCUAG